CUAUACUCUUUGAGUGAUUGAUUCUAGUUAUACCCUCAUUCAUUGCUUUCAAUUUUCCAAAAUGCUUCAAAGAAUGAAUCUGUGUCUUGUUUUGUUUCUUUUAGUGUUUGUAAUUGCCAUGUCAGUGUCACCUCUUGCUGCAGCAAACAACCAAAGGAGAGAGGCAAAUGCUCUGUUAAAAUGGAAACAAAGCUUUGACAACCAAAGCAAGGCUUUGCUUUCUUCAUGGAUUGGUAAUAGUCCUUGUAGUUGGGAGGGAAUCACAUGUGAUCACGAGUCUAAAUCCAUCUAUAAGGUAAAUCUCACCAAUUUUGGACUAAAAGGUACGCUUCAGAGUCUCAAAUUCUCUUCACUUCCAAAAAUCCGCACCUUAGUCUUAAGAAACAACUCCUUGCAUGGAAUUGUUCCACACCAUAUUGGUGAAAUGUCCAAUCUAAACACUCUUGAUUUGUCAUUUAACAAUUUCUCUGGUAGUAUUCCCAAUACUAUUGGUAAUCUGUCUAAACUCUCCUAUCUUGGGCUUAAUAAUAAUAAUCUUUCUGGAAUUAUUCCAUCUGAGAUUACCCAAUUGUUUGGUCUUUCUGUAUGGUUUAUGGGUUUUAAUAGUGAAUUAAGUGGACCCCUCCCUCAAGAAAUUGGUAAAAUGAGGAAUCUCACAAUUCUUGAUAGCCCGUGGUGCAAUCUCACAGGAACUAUACCCGUCUCAAUAGAAAAGAUAACUAAUUUGUCUCAUAUUGAUGUCGGAGGAAACAAACUCUAUGGCAACAUUCCUAAGAGAAUAUGGAAAAUGGACCUAAAACAUUUGUCACUUGCAGUUAAUAACUUCAUUGGUUCUUUUUCACAAGAUAUUUUCAAGUUAAGGCACCUAGAGAUUUUACUUCUCAGUAACAGUGGUCUUUCCGGUUUCAUGCCAAAGGAACUUCAGAUGGCGAGGAACUUAAUAAUAGUUUCUAUGAGUAAUUGCGAUCUCAAUGGGUCCAUACCAAUAUCAAUAGGAACAUUGACUAAUAUAUCAACACUCAUUUUAAGUAACAACCAAAUUUCUUGCCACAUUCCUCGUGAAAUAGGCAAUUUAGUCAACCUGGAGUCACUAGCUCUUGAUUCUAAUAGCCUUUCUGGAUCCAUUCCUCGUGAAAUUUUCAAGUUGGUUAACCUUGAGGCACUAACUCUUGGUAAUAAUAGUCUUUCUGGUUCCAUUUCUCGAGAAAUUGGUAACUUGGUUAAACUUCAGAAACUAUUGCUUGAAUAUAACAGUCUUUCAGGCUUCAUUCCUAGAGAAAUUGGAUCUGUAAAACAACUCAGUCAACUUGAUUUGUCUCAAAACCAUCUUUCUGGCCCAAUCCCUUCUACAAUUGGAAACUUGAACAGUAUGCAAUUACUCUACCUUUAUGAAAACCAUUUUACUGGUAUCAUUCCAACUGAAGUGGGAAAACUUUAUUCUCUUUUAACAAUCCAAUUGUUGGAUAAUAACUUGUCCGGACCAAUCCCACCAUCUAUAGGUAAUUUGAUUAAUUUAAACUCUAUUCUGCUUAGUCAAAAUAACCUCUCUGGACCAAUCCCACCAUCUAUAGGUAAUUUGGUUAAUUUAACCUCUAUUGUGCUUGAUCGAAAUAACCUCUCUGGAUCUAUUCCUUCGACUAUUGGAAAUUUAACAAAACUCAUUCGUUUACAUCUUUUCUCAAAUCAAUUUAGUGGAAAUUUUCCAAAUGAAAUGAACAUGAUAACCAAUUUGAAAAGUUUGCAGUUAUCUUAUAACAAUUUUAUAGGUCAUUUACCUCACAAUAUUUGUGCUGGUGGAAAUUUGGAACAAUUCAGUGCUACACUUAACCAGUUCUCAGGUCCAGUUCCUAAGAGUUUAUAUAAUUGCUCAAGCCUUGUGAGAGUAACACUUGAAAAUAAUCAACUGACUGGAAAUAUAACAGAAAGUUUUGGUGUGUAUCCUAAUUUGGUCUACAUGCAAUUGAGUGAUAAUGGUUUUUAUGGCCAUUUAUCAUCAAAUUGGGGAAAGUGCAAGAAUCUCACAAGUCUUAAAAUCUCCAAUAACAAUUUAACAGGAAGCAUACCACCAGAAUUGGCUCAGGCAACUAAUUUGCAGGAACUUAACUUGUCUUCAAACCAUCUUACUGGAAAUAUUCCAAAGGAGUUCGAAAACUUAUCUUUGUUGUACAAACUCUCAAUAAGUAACAAUCAUCUUUCGGGAGAAGUUCCUACACAAAUUGCAUCAUUGCAUGAACUAACGGCCUUGGAGCUUGCAACAAAUGAUUUCAGUGGCUUCAUCCCUGAAAGUCUUGGAAGGUUGUCUAUGUUAUUGAUGUUGAAUUUGAGUCAAAAUAAGUUUGAAGGAAACAUUCCUGUUGAGUUUGGAAAAUUGGAAGUUAUUGAAAGUCUUGAUCUCAGUGAGAAUUUUUUAAAUGGAACCAUACCAGCAAUGCUUGGACAGUUAAAUCAUUUAGAAACAUUGAAUCUCUCACAUAAUAAUCUUUCUGGUACUAUUCCCUUGAAAUAUGGUGAGAUGUUGAGCUUGACAAAUGUUGAUAUAUCAUACAACCAAUUGGAGGGUCCGGUUCCAAGCAUUUCAGCUUUCCAAAAUGCUUCAUUUGAAGCACUCAGAAAUAACAAAGGCUUGUGCGGUAACAUAUUUGGCCUAGAGCCUUGCUCAACAUCAGGUGACAAGUUUCAUAAUCAUAAGAAUAACACAAUUUUGGUGUUAGUCUUACCCAUCACUCUAGGCACUCUCUUUUUAGCAUUAUUUGCUUAUGGGCUCGCAUAUCAUCUAUGUGGAACUUCAAGAGAAAACAAGGCUCCUGAAGAAUCACCAACAGAAAAUCUAUUCACAAUAUGGAGUUUUGACGGGAAAAUGGUGUAUGAGAAUAUUAUUGAAGCCACUGAAGAGUUUGACAACAAGCAUCUCACUGGAGUUGGAGGCCAUGGCAGUGUUUACAGAGCUGAGUUGUGUACCGGACAAGUUGUAGCUGUGAAGAAAAUUCAUUCAAUACAAAAUGGAGAAAUGUCAAAUCUGAAAGCUUUUGAAAGUGAGAUCAAAGCUUUAACAGAAAUCCGACAUCGAAACAUUGUGAAGUUAUAUGGAUAUUGUUCACAUCCAUUGCAUUCGUUUUUGGUUUAUGAGUUCUUGGAGAAUGGUAGCGUCGACAAGAUCUUGAAAGACGAUGAGCAUGCAACUACAUUUGAUUGGAAAAGAAGGGCCCAUGCAAUUAAAGAUGUUGCAAAUGCUUUAUGCUAUAUGCAUAAUGAUUGUUCACCUCCUAUUGUUCAUCGCGAUAUCUCCAGCAAGAAUGUGAUUUUGGAUUUGGAAUAUGUAGCUCAUGUAUCAGACUUCGGAACAGCUAAGUUUCUAAAUCCUGAUUCAUCCAACUGGACCUCUUUUGUUGGAACAUUUGGAUAUGCUGCUCCAGAACUUGCAUACACAAUGGAAGUGAAUGAGAAGUGUGAUGUGUACAGUUUUGGAGUAUUAACCAUGGAAAUACUUUUUGGAAAGCAUCCAGGAGACACCGUAUCGACAUUGUUGCAAUCAAGUGGUGUAGGUUUGACAAUUGAUGCUUUGUCAUUGCUUGAUAAGUUGGAUCAGCGUCUCCCUCAUCCUAGCAAUGCUAUUGGGAAAGAGUUGGUAUCAAUUAUAAGGAUUGCAUGUCAUUGCUUAACUGAGAGCCCGCGUCGUCGCCCUACAAUGGAAGAUGUUUGCAAGGAGAUUGUAAUGUCAAAGUGAUCUUCAAGUAGUUAAUACAUAAUUUCAUUAAUAAAGAAAAUGAGUGGUUUUUAUUUUAGGAAAUAAGUUUUAUAUUGAGCAUAAAGUAUAGCUAAGAGUCAAUGUUGGUGUAA